GGUUAAGCCGGUUGGAAAAGCCCGCCUGGCUGCUCGACCGGCCGGCACUUCGCUCAGUUCUCCACUGCGCUCCGAACGAAUAGGAGCUUUCGCCAAACAGAUUCGACCUCGAGUACCCAGUUGCCUCUUUUUUCGUUCCGUUGCUUUCUCGGUUUACGUCAGAAUUCGGCGAUACAGCAUCGAUUAUUAACGACUCCGCUGAUUUUAACGACGAUCUUCGUAUACCCCCAGGAAAGCACCCUUCCUCUGCGUUCGAUCCUGAUCCUGAUCCUUGCCGACGUUACCUGUUCGUUCGACGACAAGAAAAGAAGAGGAAACUAUGCCCGUGGACGAUAACACGUCGCUAUUUUCGGUUUGAGGACUCCUCGAUAGACCCCAGCUAUCGCGUUCCAAACUUGAAGGAUUUCUAAGAAGAGGGAAAGGAUUCGCCGCAAUUAUGCUGUUUCAGAAGAUGCCGGGUACACCGUCGGCUCUAUGGAGAUGGUUAUUCUUGGCGGGAUUAAUCCACUGUUCGUCCUGUCAAAGCGUCUCCGCCACGUUCGAAAACAAGACCGGCCAGGCCGAGAGCAAGCCGCGCGUGUUCUCGCCUCGAAUGGACUACGACGAGUGGACGCCCCUCGGCCGCGGGGAUCCUCUCAAGAACAAUCCCACUUUCGAUUACGUGCCUCCCGUCCUCGACAGGGUCCAAUAUUGGUUGGAUUCCCACACCACCGAACCGUCCGCGAAACGCAAUAUCCUUGUACUGGGAGUAACCGCGAAGAAGACCAGCCCCAAGAUACCGGAACAGUUUCUGAAGUUCGUCGACGGGCCGAAGUUUACCAGGUCGAGUCAUCAGGACAACUAUAGGAACGAAUUCACCGGAAGCAGCGGUGCCGAACCUCCGAAAGUCGUGCGGACCAACAGCUUCAGGAACGGACCGAUCGAUUACAGAAAUCAGAACAGGAUCCAAUCGAUACCAGCCAGCUACUAUCCUAGUUCUUACUACAAUCAGAAGACGAAACCGUACACCAUGAUGCUACCACCGCCGUUGACUCAAAAGGAUAAAAUAGUGAGUUUUGCCGAGCCUACGCAACAAUUUAAUACGCAAACGGAGGAAGGACCGGUGCUUCAAGAUUCCCAGUUCUUCGCUUCGGUGCCGCCGCCGAAGAAUUACAAUCAGCACUCGGUGAAGCUUGGAAACAAGUUUGCUCCGAGUAGAAAUCCUGUGCAGACGGUGUCGCAGGUGGAAACGAUUAAAAGCGUGUACGCUUCGUCGCCUCCGCCCACGCGAUCUAAAUACGAGAGCAUCACGACGCCGUCUGUAUCUUUCGAGAAGUCUAAUCUGAUUUAUCAAUCGACUCAGACUCUGUCCGGAGGGUGGCCGAACAACGGUGCGCCUUUAUCUACGCCCACUACGAAUUUAGCUAAUCAGUCUACUCGGCAGCCGGUCGAUUACCCGCGCGAUCAAUACGAAAUCGAUCACCACGUGGCUGCGUCGUCGAAUCACGAAGUAAUCGUCGAGCAGAACGCGAACAUAAUCGUCGACGGAGACAGUAACGAGAACGAAGAAGUAGUGGUUGGCCAGAAAGGGAUGACUUCUCCUAACACGCCUCCGACGACCACGAUGACGACUACGACCACGACGAAGUCUACUGCUAGUGAGGAAAGGGAGAAUCAGGGUAAAGGAUCGGCUGAGAAGAUGCACAUCGUCGUUCCUACUAGCCCGGAAUCGCAAGAAGGAAGGAAGGAGCCAGUGUCCGUAGUGAUGCCGGCGAACUAUUCGGAGAAGAAGUCGAAUCAAGAGACACAAGUAGAAACGACUACGACCAGUAUGUUAGAAAAUACGACAACUGCUGAAGAGGAGGCGAGCGACUCGUUCAGCGUCGAGACUCAACCGAUUCGAAAUUUAGCCACUGGGUCUUCUAUUCUCAUGCCGAACAGAAUGAUGCCUCAUCAGCAUAUAAUGCAUUCGACGAUGGCUCCGUUCAUUUCUCGACAUCCAGACUCGAUGAUGGGAUUCGGUGCUCCUCAGGCGCCGAUGUCCUCUAUGAUGCAUCCGCAGGGAAGACCAAACCACGGGAGUAUGCACUUCCUCGGCAGCAUGCGACCGAACGUCGGCUUCCGAGCACCAGCCUCGAUGUCGAUGUUCCCUCCGAUGACUCACAUGCACGCUCCUCCUAUGAAGUCCAUGAUGAGUCACAUGGGACCGCCGGUUGUCAUGGAUCAGUCCCAUGGCUCGCAGUUGCUCCCGACUAUGUUCAAUUCGCCCCCACCUUCGACUUUGAUGCAAUCGAUGGAAGAUCAUUUCUUCGAUCAGCAUCGAUCGACGUCGAUCUUUACCACACCUACCGCUGCUCCCUUGUUACCAACCGUUUCUACUUCCAUCGACAAUUCGCCUUCGAUCGUCGACACGUAUACCAAAACUGCAGAAAUCGUUGAUAAUUCUUCAAAAAUGACGAUGGACAGUGAAAAGAAAGAAGAGAACAAAGAUGACCAGAAGAAAAUUAUGGACAGUUCGUCUUCCGCUUCUCCACAAAUUACCACCGUACCCAGUUUGACCACGGAUCCGAUCUUCUCGCAUUACAAGCAACCAGCCAAACCGAUACGUGGACCGAUGUAUCUGAUCAUCCAAGGCCACUCUAAAGUGAAGACUUACAAGCCUACCGUCAGCAAGCACGGAGUACCAUUAGAGAGGAACGAGAUUCUGGAAAGCGCCACCGAGAGACAGCUGUCCAAAUUCGAGCAGUUCGUCCAGGAGAACACUAAGAACGGUAACCGAGCGAAUGCAGUCGCGAUCGAGAAAAAGAAGAUCGAAGAGAAGGCACGUGCAGAAAAGAUCGCGUUGGCUCGUCAAAACGAUUUAAUGAGCCUCGUCGAGAGUGGCCUGGUCAGCUUCACUGUUUCACCCACGUCGUCGACGGCAGAUGAUCGCGGGGCAAAUUCGGUGACCACGAUCGAGAUUAACGCCAAUUAAAUCCAUUCCUGAUCUCCUCUCUAGUUCUCAAAGAUUUCGGCAGGAUUCAAAUGGAAUCCCGACUUAAGAAAUUCGAUCGUAAAAACGGACUUGGAUGUACUUACAGAUUUUAUCAUUGACCCGUUGUGAAUUAACAUUAUUGGGUUUAUUCCAUAUCGGAUUCGUACCACAAGUAUUUAUCCGUAGAUUUAUCGCGAGGAAUCAGAGCCAUGAUAAAGCCUCUAUGUAUAUAGAGGUCUAAUGUAAUUCUGCAAAUGGUUAGAAAUCGUGGUUCACGAGUCGCGUUUAGCUCGCGCGUGAACGAUCGAGUUUCCUUAAAAUUGUUCGUUUCUCCACGCGUUUUAUUUAUUACCCUUUAUCACGCGAUUUCGCAGAGGCUCGCCGUGGUGGAUCUCCGAUCGAUCGAUCCUGCCACGGUUCUCGUUUGACGAGGAAGCGCGCCAACUUCUGAUGUGCCAGUAUACACACAACGUACACAUGUAUAAAUAUACGUAUAUAUAAAUAUAAAGUAUAUAUGCCAGAUGUCGCGACGGAUUAGAAAGCGAUCCCCGAUCGAAGUAAAGGUGAGAAAAUUGUUUGCUCGAUGGUCUGUCCUUCGCUCAAAGGAACAUGUAGGUAUGUAAGUAUGUGUGAAAAGGAUCGACGACACGUUAGGACUGUAUUUAUCGUAGUACCUAAUGAUCAUCGCGAUCAACGUAUUUAUCAUGCUGAUACAUCCAUAUUAUGCGCUGUCCCUCGAUUCUACGCAAACGCGAUCACGAGACAGCAGAUGUUUAUGCAUUUAUAGGAAUUUCGAAUGAUAAAAAAAAAUCACAGGAAGAUAGAAAGAAAUAAGAAAUACUAAAAAUAAAAUUAAUACAAUUGUUUUGCACUUCGUGUCUUUUAAUCGUAUUUGUAGAAUUUGCAUAAACGUUCGCAGUCUAGCGGUCACGAACGAAAGCUGGUAACUUCGUCUGUUCGGUAACGAUCAAACGGAUGCUUAUAAGGUUUAAAUUAAUCACGAUGUCGUCGCACGUGUUUCGCAUUGCAUUAUCAACACUAGUCUUAUCGCUAACCAGUUGUCUCGCUUGUCGUACAUGCACCAGCAUUCGAACCGGUCUGUUUAUUCGUUGAAAUUCUAUGGCACCAUAGCAAUGUGAAAUGGGACAACUCGCACGUACGAAAUCUUUUGAUACGUCGAAUAAAAACGGUGUUCCGUGCGUGGCAUCGAUCGUAGCAGAGGAACGUGCGCGAGGAUCGGAAAGGCAUUGAGUGCGUACUUUAUUUUAAAAAAAAAAGUGUGUACUAUGCUGCGUAUGAUGAAUUGUACCUGACGGUCCACACGUUUUGUUGAUUUUACGUUUAUCAAUAAAUUAUUGCAUUAUCGA